AUGGCAGAUUCGUACGACGAAGAGCCGAUCAGCGAGGCGACGAAGAUAGAGAUGGCCGCCGACUUCCUCAAAUUUGCUCCGCCCGGCGAAUUCAACGAGGUUUACAACGACGUGGCGACGAUCCUGCACAAUGAAAAUCAGAUGAAAGAGGCCUGUCGGAUUGCGGUGCCGCAGUGGAACGUCGAACAGUUCCUCCCCGUCGAACUGGGCACGGGAGAGAAGUGCCUGCUGACGCCUGCCGCCGCACUUCCAAAUGGUCGAUACUACGAUCCCAAGUCGAAACAAUCGUUCGACUACCAUCACAUGCAGCGCGCGGCCAGCGACCUCCAGCAGAUCCCGACGGACGAAAAGAGCGAACCGCUAAGGGCAGAAGUCGAGGCCGCGGUGGAAGCCUACGUCAACGCUCAUUACCCAAAUGGCACCACCUCUGUCUACGGUCAGUCAGAAGCCUCCAAAAUCACAGUCAUCAUCUGCAUCGAAGAUCACGAAUUCCAGUCGAGAAAUCACUGGGGCGGCCGUUGGCGAUCAUGCUGGACGAUUGAAAUCAAUGAUGGCCAGGCGACGAUCUCGGGUCUGCUGCGCAUACAAGUCCAUUACUACGAGAACGGAAACGUCCAACUGCUUUGCAAAAAAGAAUACGAACACGAAAUGUGCUACGACAGAAAUCAGUUCGUGGCGGAUCUGAUCAAAUAUGUGAAGACUUCUGAGGGCGACUACCAAAGCGCCAUUUCGGACAACUACGUGAAAAUGUCGGACACUACUUUCAAAGCACUCAGACGGCAGCUGCCAAUGACCAAGACAAAGAUCGACUGGCACAAACUCCUUGGCUACAGAAUCGGGAAAGAAGCUACCCAAGCUGCCAAUCAUUAA